AUGGAUACAUGCCGUGAACAUGCCACUGUUAUGAAGAAAGAGAUGUUAAAGUCAACAAACAAGAAUGUUGUCAUGAUAAAGAAGCUAAUGGUUCUUACAUACCCUUUCAGGAGGGAGAAGAUUCUUGCUGAACCAACCGCGGUUGAGGACAUCACAAAGGAGUAUCCUGCACUAAAUCUGAUUUCAGAAGUAAGUUAUUCAAGUGUAGAUUCGGAUUUUAUCUGAUAUUGAUUCAGGCACUAGAUUAUUGCAGUAGUGUCCAGCAGUGUGUGAGAAUUCUAUUUUACUUUGGCUAACAAUGUUUUGCUUGUCUAGGAGAAUGUUGCAAUUGGCCAGUGCCAAUUGUGCUGUCGCUUUAAAAACAUUCUUUAUUUUUUGUUCACUUUGUAGUUUAAAUCAGAAUUCGGCAGGGUUAUGGAGGAUAAAACGAUUCUGAAAGAAAUGAGUGCAACAUUUACAGCAGUGGUCAAACCAAAGUUGUUGGCACUUGCCAAGGAAAAGGGCGAAAGAAAAAUUCUAGAAGAAAUGCAAGAAUUGAUUUCCAUGGAAACAAGUAAAAGAUCUGGUAUUACACCUUAA